UGGGGUGGAGUGGAGUGGAGUGGAGUGGAGUAGAGUGGAGUGGGCCCACCCGAGCCGGGCCGAGAGCUGUCACAGCCGCGGGGACAGCCUGAGCCCCCGAGCCCGCCGCAAGGAUGUGGCGGUGGCGGGCCGGGCCCUGCUGCCUGCUCCUGGCCGCGGCCUGCACCCUGGGCCGGCCCCCUGCGCCCUCCGCCGUGCGCUGCCAGCUCGCCGGCGCCUGCUUCAGCGCCCACCUGGCCAACGUCUCGUACGACGAGGCCCGCAGCGACUGCAGCCAACGGGGUGGCGGCCUGGCCUGGGUGGGCGCCGAGUCGGAGCUGCGGGUGUUACUAGCGCUGCUGGUCGAGGUGGCCGCGGGGCCCGCGCUCUUCUUGGUCGGGCUGAAGAGGAACGCCUCCGCCUGCACCGACGCGGGACAGCCGCUCCGGGGCUUCUCUUGGGAGGAGCGCGGCGGGACGACCCCGCGGGAGGUGCCGGCGGCGCUCGGCCGCUGGGCGAAGGAGCCCGUGCGGACUUGCACCACCGCCCGCUGCGCCGGGCUGCACCUGGCGGGCGCCGACGGCCCCCGGUGGGGCUGGCGGGAGCUGCCCUGCCAGCGGCACGGCCGGGGCUACGCCUGCCGCUACCGCGAGGAGGGCGCCUGCCCCGACCUCCGCUCCGACGGCGCGCUGAGCCUCGACUACCGCCUGCCCUUCGGGAACGGCAGCGCCGCGCCCGGCUUCAGCCCGCAGGGGACCGAGCUGGCCGUGGCGUGCCCCGGCGGGGAGGUGCUGCUCCGCUGCCGGCACGGGCCCGGCGGCUUCGCCUGGGAGGGCGCGGAGAAGCCCGGCUGCCCCUGCAAAGAGCACUGCGCCCCGGCCCCCAGCGCCGCCCCCCCCGCCGCGGCCGACGGCCGCCCCUCCACUCCCGCACCCGGCGGCUUCGCGGGGCCGCCCGCCACCCUGCCCGCCGGCCGCGGGGGGACGGCUGCCCCGUCGCCCUCCUCCUCCAACUACGUCUUCAUCCUGGUGACGGUGGCCGUGGUGGUGCUGGUGAUCCUGGUCAUGACCGUCCUGGGGGUAUUCAGGCUGUGCUUCAACGCGAAGGCGACGGGCGGCGGGGACAAGGAGCCGGCGGCGGGGGGCGGCGAGGCGGAGGCGGGCGGCGCGGAGCCGCGCGGGGCUGCGGGUGCCGAGUAGCGGCGGCGGAGACCGCACCGGCCGGGGGUUACAGCCGCUCGGAGACAGCUGCAGGUCUGGCGCCUCCCAAAACCUCCGGGGCACCUGCGAAGUGGAAGACUUUGCCCACUAGUGCCUUGCCGUUCAGAACC